AUGAAGAAAGUGACUAUGAAGGCACAGCAUCUGCCUUCUGUUUUUAUCAAUGAAGAGAAGUUCAUAACCAGAGAGCAGCUCAAUUCUCUUCUGAAGAAUUAUAACUCUUACUAUUCAGAUCAAGAGAAUCUGCAACUGACAUGUAAUCAGCAAGAAGGAAGCACCCCCUUCAUUGAAGGAAUCCUGUCGAUAUUCUGGGGCGUGCGGCAUCCUAUCAGAUUAAAGACUCAGGAUGAGAAGCAGAUACUCUCUUUUGUAACCCUGAAGUCAACAGAGAAUGUGGGCUUUUUCCCCAGUAAAAGGAGCAGUCAAUGGUAACUCCGUGUUUGUCUUUGAAUGACUCGCUGGGGAGAGUUUGAUGACCUCCAUCACAUCAGUGGGGAUACACUGAAAUCUACUGAGGAGCAGCCAGACCUCGAGCAAAGUUAUCCAUGCUAUGAAAGUCACACUCUCAGGUCCAGGAGGGAGCAGGAGCUCGACUGUGCCACCCUGCCCCGCAGCAGCAGCGAUGCCGCGGCCCUGCGCAGGAGGACCAAGCUCCCCACCAUCACCAGGACAGAAGUAGAAACUCACAGGUUCUCCAUCAAUGGCCACUUCUACAACCACGAGACAUCAGUUUUCACUCCGGCUUUUGGGUCAGAAUCCAAAAUAAGAAUCAACAGCCAGAUGAGGACCAGACAAGUGAUAGAGCAGUUGCUUCGGAAGUUUAAGUGUGGCCAGGAUGAAGAAGAACACAUGGAAACAUUCAACAGCAACCAGAGCAUUUACAUAAUUUCUUUAAGCUCUACAAACACUUAG